AUGGUGACUUUGUCUAGCGGCAAUGUCAUUCUGGUGCUGGUAAGACCAGUUAAGAUAAUAGAAGUUGCAGCAGAGAGUCAGCAAUCUGAAGAAAGGAUGAGAACAAAAACGGUGCUUCUGUGCCUGAUUUUCUGGACCACUGGUCGGACAGCUGCGGACCACACUUCAUUCACUGUGUCUCAAGCACCUGAAGAAGCGAAAGUUCUCAGAGGAGAGAGUACCACCUUCUACUGCAUAUUUCCUCUCUCGAACGACCAAACCUGGGUACGGGUGUUAUGGUGGAAACAUGCCGAGAAUGAAUACUUGCGUACAAGCACAGACAAGAGAAAGAGGUUUGGGAUGGCAAGUAGAGCAAGCGGUUUCCUUCAGCUGCUGGGUGUGACAAUCCAAGACGCUGGAAUCUAUCACUGCACCGUGAUCCGCCAGGGAGAAGUUAAAGGCAAUGGAACCGGAUCGCGUUUAACUGUGUACGCAGCCCCAACACCCACGAUCACUGGCUCCAGGCUAUCCGAAGGGAAUUCCUCCACUUCUUUAACACUAAAGUGUGAAACGGCUGCAUUUUAUCCGGAAAAUUUCUCCCUUACAUGGUAUAAAAAUGGCGUUGAAACUGCAUUAAGAACCAAUACUAGUAAAAUAAAGAACACCGAGGGACUGUAUGAAGUUUCCAGUUUUUUGGUUGAGACAGGACCUGUCCUGAGCGGCACCAAUUAUAGCUGUUCGGUAUCUCAUGUCUCACUGAGGUCACCAACUGUUAUCACCUAUACAUUUUAUGAAUCUAACCAAGAUAAUAUUCAGAAGUCACAUUAUCAUUGGAUUCUCAUUCGUGCGGUGGCUGGUAGUGCGUUCCUUAUUAUUGUAAUUGGAGUGUGCUGUCAGCUGAAGAAUACUAAAGGUAAAGAGGACGCUGUAGCUGGAGCAAACCACGGUGGGGAGAUGGUAUGUCUAUUCGUUAAUGUCGAAAUACCUGCAUCAAAAAAAAAUGCUAUAAUGGAAUGUUCAACCCACAACUAUGUCAGGACAGUUUAA